AUGUGUAGGGAUGUACAAUGGUUUCAUUAUGUACCUGGUACGAAAAGCAUAAUGGAAUUUUUCUUCCCACACAUUCUUUACUGCACAUGUUUAUUUAUAAUGUGCAGUCUAGUUGAAGGUGAUGGAUUGGUUAAAACAAAGCAGGAUGAACAUUUGGUCCAUUUGCAGAUUGUGUCAGUUGUAUGUGCAUAAUUACAUGAUGUGUCUUACAUAUUUUACAAAAAAUAUUUGUCCUUUCAAACCUAUGGUAUAACUCUUAACUCCCAAUGAGAUGGGGUAAAGGGAGGAGAGCAAUUUCAUCACAGGCUCUGCCCAAAGAGGACAGACUCGCCCAGAGCGAGAGGGUCCACCCGAAUUAUUGGUAGACCAGCUUGGCGUGAAUGCAGAUCAUAUAAGGCUAUCUCAUGGAAGGCAGACCAAGCAGGGAGCAGUGUUCCAGUGAUCCCUGCAGGGUCCUUGUUCCCUGAACACAGCACAAGCACAUCUAGUGAUGCGUUCAUGUAAUGCUUGUUGGGAACAGUUCUUGGGGUCCCAAAUAGUAAGACACCAGGGAACUAAGUGGUGACAGCGGGACAUGACUGAAAAUUGGGACAGUUAGAAGGCCUGCUAUGGUGGGUCUUGCAAAAAUACAUCUGCUGAUAUAAUAAUUGUAUAUCUUUUUAAAAAACAAUACCUGCGUGCUUCCUCUCAGCUGCAACUAGAACAAAUGUCUCUUUUCAUAAAGUUAGUGAACCCUAAAAAUCUACAGAUGGGUAAUACUGUGCUUCUAAUGCAAGUCUUCUUACUGCAUAUAAUUAUGACAAACUACUGACAAUAUCCUUACAAAGGCCUAUAUCUGCAAGUGGCAGAGGUUUAAACGGAGAUGUAGUUCAGCCUCCAGCCACAGUUCUACUCAUUAUUCGACUCCAACACUCCAACAUUCUACCAUUACAUUCUAUCUCCCAAACCUUGUGCAUGUGCAGAAAUACAAUUUCUGACAGGGUGGACUAAGACUUUAUGUUUGCUGACCUGCAGGAGUUUGGCUUGGGUUCCAAGUUUUUGUCUUGGGUGGAAACACUGUAAGCUUGACUGUUGGCAAGGCUUCGUAUCAACAGUGAUUUAUCAAAUCCCUUCAAUAUCCCACCUUUUGUUCUCCCUGAACUUGGAGCAAUUUCUGAAUUUGAUACAGAGUCUGGAUGUUGAGGUCGACUUCCUAUUUGUCCAAUGGCUUCUUUACGGCUUAUUCUGGAUAAAUUCUCCCUUUUAUGGUUCAGUCUCAAAUCUCAAGAUUAACUACACUAAAUCAAAAAUUCUCAACAUCUCUGUUCAUUGGGUACAGGUGGCUUAUCCUCCCUAAUUUUAUCUUCGGUGGUGUAGAAUAUUGCAUAUUCUGUAUGUUCCUAUUCAAAUACAUAUUAAGGUGUGGCUGUCUAAUGGGUUAAACAGAACAGAUGGUGUUUGCUACUCUGUAAUAUGAGGUCUCUGGAAUUUGCUGUAUAAGAGAUUUGAGGCGGUCUUUAUAUAGGGAACUUCCUUAUAAGGCAGGGUCUAAACUAAACAUUAUGACGUAAUUUGGAGUAUAUAGAGUCAAGGACAAAGGAUUACGGGCUCUUCCUGCUACGAUCCGUUUGCUCUCCUCUCUGAUGUCAAGACGACUCUCUGUAACAUCGUUAAGAAUUACCAUCUGUUAAGUAUAUAUAACUGUUUCCUGUUGAAUGUAGAAUAAAUACUCAUUUUUUUAUAAAGAACGUCAGAUUGCGUAUUACUAAUUUUCAAUAAUAUAGACAUAUAUUAUUGUGGCGAGCAUUUGGCCCAAGACUAUAUAUACAAAAGACGUAUAUAUAUAUCAAUCAACUGAAGAUAAGAAGAAAUAUCUAUAUAUAUAUACAUAAAAGACUUAUUCAACUAAAGAAAAACACAGCCAGUUAUUACAGGUGGUGAGUGACCUGCAUAAAUGAGUCCAUCAGGAUCUUUCAUGGUUGGGAUGGAUUAGUGCUGUGAAAAUAUCUAUACUCCCAUGCUUACUAGUCUUGUUUCAAACAGUGCAGUGCCCAUCCACAAUUCUCCGGCUUAUUUUAAUCAGCUUUGGUUGGAAUCUGGUGGCUUUAUCUGACGAUAUUUGUUUCCUUAUGUCGCAUAAUCCCAGCCGGUGCUUCCCAAACUACACGGUGGGUUUAGAUUUGCCUAAUUUUGAAAUAUAUUUUAUUAUAUCAUGAUUUCUUUGAAAUACUCUGAUAUAUGAUAUGUAAAUUAUAAUGUUCCUGAAUAUAAAUGUAUACCAUUUAUUAAACCAGGGACUGAUGUAUCAUUAAAUGUAGAAAGGCAAUCACGUUUAGUUGAAUCAUUCAAGAUCUUCAGGAUCAACGCAUCUUUCUCUAGAAUGGGGCUUUCCUGGGUAGAAUUAGUCAAUCACUCACAAUAUUAUACACAACAAUGAAGUCACUUUAUGUGUGGGAGUUGAAUGGUAUCACUGUGUACCUGUUAUAAAUGAAUGUCUUUGAGAUCGUGUUUCAGUCUCAUGCACAUGUACAUGAACCUUUUUUUGAAAUGGUUCAUGGCACAGUGUAUGGGCAGGUGAUGGAUAGGUCAAAUUAAAUCUGUGUAUAGGUAUGGCUCACUUUCAGACUGAGUCAAUUGUUUGUGCAUGACACAUUUUACCUCUAGAAUUAAUCUACAAUUUAAUUUUCCAGACUGAGCAGUUUACAAGAAAGUCAACACCCACAUGUUUUUUAUUUUAUAGGAAAAUAUUAAUUGUAAACAAGAUCUCACUUGCUCUGCUCCAAAUUAUAUUUAAAAAAAACCAAAACUCUUUUGUCUCAAUAUGUGAAGAACACAGUAAAGAUAAAACUGUUUUAAAAUUCCAUUCUUUCAAUGUGUUUUUGUUUGUUUGCUUUUAGCAGACAAGGACUCCUUUGCACCAAGAAAUGCUAUGCUAUAAAUGCUAUAAAAUGCUAUAAAAAUCCUACUCAAACCUGGUUUUAAGAACUUCUGCUUACGCUCAUAAAUGGAGUUCGAUCCAUGCAAAAAUUUAGGAUCUUAAUAAAUUAAUAAUAGAAACAAAGUGUGCAAAAAAAAAAGUGAACCGCAGCAGCAAAAAACCCAUUCUUAAAAUGAACUCAUUAUUUCAUUCUUUUUGAUGUGAGUAGCAAAAAACAAAAAAACUAAAUUUGGACAGUGCGUGUAAUUGUGACACCAAUAAACAUAUUGCUUCAAGUGCUCAUGUUAGACACACCUGGGUAAGCCAUACAUAAUUUUUUUUCACAAAUGAUAAAAUAAAACUAGUUUAUUAUUACUAACAACAGUAUGAUAUCAAGUUAUAGUAAUAAUACACCAGAUAUUCUGGGAAUACAAAAAUACUCUUUUUAAUAUUAUUUUUAAAUGAUAUAAAUAUACACACAAAAAAAACCAGACAUAACAUAAAUUAUAAUAGUAUAAAAAAAGCUUGUUAGCCUUGUGUCUUAUGGCUUCCUGUCUUAGAAAGGUCAGAUCAGUAAACCAAACAUGGAUUAAAAGGUUCAUUUCUGGUCAUUCCCACCCAAAGGAUGCUGUGGUCAUUCUUUUUCUGCUGAAACAAUUCAGUGGUUUCUGUACAAUGACUGUGAGACAGCAAAAAGAAGGAAACUGUGAAAAAGCUAAAUAAGCAUUGUAAGGAUAACAUUAAGUAACAACUCUCAACAUAAUGUCUUUCUGUCUGUAUGACAAAAUGCGGCCAUUUUAACUCAGACCCUCUCCUGAUAAUGAUAUACGGGGAGAAGAGCUGAGGAAAUAAUGAGGAUCAGCUGUUUACCUGUAAUUUAACAUUUCUCAGUGCUGCCCCAACAAAAAAAACACUAACCCUAACCCCAAUUUUGUCUAUUUGUCUGCUUGUUUGUCGUUCUGUCUUGACACAGAUUAUUUUGGCAAUACUGUACUGUCAUAAUGCCUAUUCCUCUCUAUUUGUGGCGUGACUUAUAACUGCCUCACAUGCCCACAAAGAAUAUACCUAUGAGUUAUGACAUGACUGGUGCUCAGAACUGUAAAUGAUGGGAAUUUCUAAAUUAUUUAAGGGUCAUUACUGCUUGCCUUUGUUCUCUCAAUCUUGGCAUCCUAGUAGGAGGAUCAAUCCCCUCCACCCUUGUCUAUUUCCUUCUUUCUGUUUUAUUUUUCAGUACUGUCACCACUUGUGGGUUAUUUUCCUGGCCAGCACCUGAACAAUGUGGCGCUCGGUAGUGAGCCUGGGGGAGGGGUCCCUGUUACCUUAGCUUUUCAGGAACUGAAAUCUGGGACAUGUGGAUCUGCCUGUCAGACAGGGAUGUAUUUACCACAAGGCAAACAAGGCAUUUGCCUAGGGUGGCACUUUCAGGGGGGCGCCAAAAAAAUGCCACCCCAAGCUCCCAGACAAAUGCAUUGUUUGCCUCAUGUUCUGGGGCUGUCCACUUUAAUGUGAGUGAGUGUAGCUGUCAGUGUGUGUCUGUGAGUGAGAAUGGGUGUGCCUGUGAGUGUGUGUAUGUCAUUUUAUGUGUAUCUGAGAGUAUGUGCCUGGCAGUAAGUGGGUGUGUCAGUGUGUGUCUGUCAGUGAAAAUGUGUGUUGGUUAAACAGUGUGUGCCAAUGACUGUAUAUCAGUGCAUGUAUCAAUAAGGGCAUGUGUCGGUCAGUCAAAAAAAUGGCCUUGAUACGAUUUGGGGGGGCAAAUUUAGAUUUUGGUGGUGCCCGAAUUUAGUCGUGCCUAGGGCAGCACAAAUCCAAAAUAUACUACUGCUGUCAGAUCAUUGGUAUGUCGUACCAUGUUUGUGACUUGGUGAAUGAUCUUGUACCCUAUUUAUCUAUAGUUAAUACGUAGCCUUCGAACGGGAUCUCUGUUAUUUUGAGAAUACCUGUCUGUUUUUGAAAAUAGUCCUCCCCAACCUUGAUUCCGAAUUCAUCCGAUUGCUGUCACAUUAGGACCUUCACUGCCUUUUGCAAGCUGUCUUGUUACAACAAUUUAACUGUGCUGCAGACUGUUUUUGUGAUAUAUAAAAUAAUAAUAGUAAUAAUGAAAAUAUAAAAUACAGAAAUGAAUUCAGUAGCCUGCAUGUUUCAACCCGAAGCAUAGAGGCUAGCUAGCAGGGAAUAAAAUGUCAUGUAUCUUAAAGUUUACAUUUUUCUUCUAACCACAGCUUCUCCUAAAGCAAAUUACUGUAGUUACUGUAAUUUUAGCUUCUUUUGAUGAUUGUACUUGGCCGUACUUAACAAACCAAAAAAGAAAUACUCCUCGUAGUUGAUUAGCAUACUGCAAAAAACAAUCAUUUUCUAUUAUUUUCUAGAUACUUAAAAGAGAAUGGAAACUAGUUUUUCCGCAGAUCAUUUCUGUUGAUUUCUUGGCAAACCUUCAAGUUGUUGAUGUUGGAUUGAGUCCCACACAGGGAAAGAGUUUAAUGUCUAUUUAUGUUGAUUUUGCACAAUGAAGCUGGUGAUAUUAUAUACAGAUUAAGGAACUUCUUACACAUAAACAUAUUUUUCUGAGUUCUGUAAGGCUACUUAAAAUGAUCUAUCUCAGCAAAAUUUUGGGAUUCAGUUCCACCAUAUGGCCAUAUUGUGUUAAGCCCACCACUAAUUCACAGUGCGCCGAUAUCGGUGGGUACUACAAUAAUUCCAACGUGGGAGACAAAAUAAAUAGUGCUUAAUAAGAUUAAGUGUAUUUAACCCCUUAAGGACGGAGCCAAAUGUACACGUUGUGAACAAAACAAAAUGUAAACAAAACCUGGCAUUUGCGCUACAUGUCUGUCCAACCGUAAUUCACCUCUUUCAUAUUAAAUGCACCCACCCUUAUUAUAUAUCAUUUUAUUCAGGAAUAAAGAGAGCCUCUAAUUACCGAUUGCAACAUUGUUGCAAUCAGUUAACUAGCGCCACACGCCUCUAAGUGUGUGGGCUAUUAUGGGUCUUUGCGUUCGGUUCACGAACGGCCCUCCAAAGUGCCAUUCGUGAAACGAAAGGGAAUCCCCAUACAAACCGCCAUUUGCAUUCGGCGGAACAGAUAAUUACAGGUAAUGCAGGGAAUACAUGAAGCAUACACAUACAGGUUACAACGCAUAUCUCUCCAGACCUAUAGGCAACCCUUAAAGGCAUAGUGUCCAGUUAUAGUCCAAGUGGCUAGGUUUGCCACAAUGGCUUUCAUUUAAUAUCAAAUAUUUAGCUAUGAAACAUAAUGUAAUAUGAAAAAAAUGGGAAGUUACAGGGUCAAAUAUAGCACGUUACAUUUGAAAUUGAAAUUCGCCAGAUGUUGCCUUUGAGACUGUAUAGUAGCCCGGGAAUGAAAUGUACACCCAUAAUGGCAUACCAUUUGCAAUAGUAGACAGCCCAAGGUAUUGCAAAUGGGGUAUGUCCAGUCUUUUUUAGUAGCCAUUUGUUCACAAACACUGGCCAAAGUUAGCGUUAGUAUUUGUUUGUGUGUGAAAAAUGCAAAAAACGCCAAUUUUGGCCAGUGUUUGUGACUAAGUGGCUACUAAAAAAGACUGGACAUACCCUGUUUGCAAUACCUUGGGUUGUCUACUAUUGCAAAUGGUAUGCCAUCAUAGGGGUAAUUUUCAUUCUUGGGCUACCAUAGGGUCUCAAAGGCAACGUAACCAAUCUGGCGAAUUUUAAUGUGAAUAAAAUUAAACGCAAGCCUUAUAUUUGAUGCUGUAACUUUUGAAAGCACCAUAAAACCUGUACAUGAGGGGUACUAUUGUACUCGGGAGACUUCGCCGAACACAAAUAUUUGUGUUUCAAAACAGUAAAAAGUAUCGCAGCAAUAAUAUCGUCUGUGUAAGUGCUGUUUGUGCGUGAAAAAUUCAAAAAACGUCACUUUUACUGGCGAUAUCAUCGUUGUAAUACAUUUUACUGUUUUGAAACACUAAUAUUUGUGUUCAGCGAAGUCUCCCGAGUAGAACAGUACCCCCCAUGUACAGGUUUUAUGGUGUCUUGGAAAGUUAUAGGGUUAAAUAUAGUGAUAGCAAAUUAAAUUCCCUUUACUUUCGGCAUGGGUUGUCAGGCAGGUCCCGCUAAUUGUAAUUAAUUAAGAUACCUAAUUAUGUAAAAAUAUUACAUAAAUAUAUAUGUAGAAUUAAUAUAUAUGUGUAUAUAUAUAUAUUUUUUUAAAAUAUUUUUAUUUAUGUGUGUGUGUGUGUGUGUGUGUGUAUAUAUAUAUAUAUAUAUAUAUUGAUAUAUACAUAUAUAUUUAUGUAUAUAUAUAUAUAUAUAUAUUUCGUUCUACGUGUAUUUUGAUAUAUAUAUUAAUUUCACAAUACAGUUAGAACGAAAUAACACACAUCUAUAUAUUUUUUCAUUAUUUAUUUUAAAUUAUUUUUUUAAUUUUAUUUUUUAACGUAUUUACAUUUAUUUUUUUAUAUUAUAUAUAAAUAUAUAUAUAACAAUAAUUAUAUAUAUAUAAUCAGUAUCAGUCUACGUGUAAUUUGAUAUUAAUAUAUAUAUAUAUAUAUAAUUAUAUAUAUAUUAAUAGUAAAAUUCCCCCAAACAGUGUACGUGUGUAUGUAUAUGUGUAUAUAUAUACUUAGAUCAUAUAUAUAUAAUAUAUAUAUGAUCUAAGUAUAUAUUAUUUAUUUUUUUACACUUUUUAAUUUAUUUUAAUUUUAUUUUCAGCCAGCAGGGGACCACAUGUCAUUACAGGCAGCCCCCCUGCUGGCAAUGCAGGAGGCAGCUACCACCGGCCAUAUGAUUGUGGGGUCCUCGCAAGGACACCACUCUCACAUGGCCGGGGGCUUCCAGGACGUCGGACAUGCUGCGGGCGGGUUCCCUUGGAGUCCCCCCAACCUCGAUUGCCGGCGUGGGAUCGCCGGCGACCGGGUAAGUAGGAAAAGACCGGAGGGCGUACUAUUACGCCCGGCAGCGUUUAGAGUCGCUUAGAAUAGGGCGUAAUAGUACGCCCUCCGGUCUUAAGGGGUUAAAUAAUCUGUUGUAAGAGCAUUGUGAUUAUAAAUAAUGCAGAAUUAAUGUAAUAAGCUUAAUUAAAAGAAAUGCAGUGUCAAAACUAAACAAUUAAAGUGAUAGUGCUUUGAUGUAUAUAAUCACAAUACAAAUUAUAUAUCUGCUCAAUGAAAAUUAUAAUCAAAGUGAACUUAUUAUCCGAAACCUCCUUAAACAUAUACCUGUGGUCACUUUCAAAAAGGCCUCUGAAGCUGGGGAGCUGGACAGGGUGCUCAACGCAAAAGAAAUCUGGUCUAGAUUCCAAACUUACAUAUUAAAGACAAAAGGGAAUUGGGGGCACACCCAGAAUGUGCAUCUUGCAGGAAUGGUGCUGCCGUCGUGACCAAAAUGUAUGCAUAAUACAGAUUAAGGAACAGCGCACACAUAAAAUACAUUUUUAAAUUUUAUAAGGCUGCUUAAAAUCACCUAUCUCAGCAAACCAAUACAGAUGCUCCUUACUUACCGACCGGGUUCUAUUCUUACGACACAGUCGUAAAACGAAUUGGUCAGUAAGUGAGGUGCCUGCGUACCAGUGCAGGUCUUUGUGCGGGGAAAUUUACCUGAACAUAUACAAGCGCAGCAGAGCAGGGAAUCCCUCAAAUCUAUGUUCGGGAACGUUCACCGAACAUAGAUUAGAUGGAUUCCCUGCUCUUGUGCAUUUUUCUAUGUUCGGGAAAAUUUCCCUGAACAUAGAUUAGAGGGAUUCCCGGAACAUAGACCAGCUCUCUAACGUGGGGAAUCCCUUGAAUCCCCACGCUAGAGAGCUAGUCGUAAGUGCAAGCCGUCACAAAACAGGUAGGUCGCAAAGUGAGGGCCACCUGUUUGGGGAUUCAGUUCCACCAUAUGGCCAUAUUGUGUUAAGUCCACCACUACUUCACAGGACUCCAAUAUUGGUGGGUCCUACACCAAUUCCAACAUGGGAGAAAAACCAUAUAGUUCUGGUGCUAAAUAAGCUGAUGUGUAUUUAAAUAAUCUGUUGUAAAAGCAUUGUGAAUAUAUAUAAUGCAAAAUUAAUGUGAUAAAUGCAAUAGUUUCUCUUUCACUGCAAAAAACAAUAAUUGUCUAUUAUUUUCUAGAUACUCAAAAGAGAAUGGAAACUAGUUAUUCCGCAGAUCAUUUCUGUUGAUUUCUUGGCAAACCUUCAAGUUGUUGAGGUUAGAUUGAGUCCCACACAGAGAAAGAGUUUAAUGUUUAUUUAUGCUGAUUUUGCACAAUAAAGCUGAUGAUAUAGUAUGGACAUCUAGCAACUCAUCACGUUUAUCUCACUGAAAAUAUAAACAAUGAAAUACUAGUGUAUGUGUCAGUUUUUCUUAUCUAAUAAUUAGUUCAUUGGUUUAAUUUCCAAAUGAUUUUGUAAUUCUUGUAAUAUAUUUCAACCAAAUCAUUCUGAACUCUUGCAUCACAAGUAUUUUAGUUCGUUAGGAAAUACAUUUUAUAUAAAUACAAGUGUUAAAGUGUUGGAUGGCAUAGAUCAAUUUCAUUACAAACAUGAAUGUGUCGCAUGUUAUCUUCGGAUUUUUGUUCUGGAUUCUUGCAGACUGCUUUCCAGUUCCGUCCAAGUUAACUUCUGUUCCAGGGAUAACUUCGGAUUCUGAUGUACAGUUUUCAAAGGUUGGUACAAUUUUUAACAAAACCUAUCUUUAUAUUACACAUAUUUAGCUAAGCUAAACAUUAUAUUUUGUUCUGUUUAACCCCUUAAGGACACAUGACGGAAAUAUUCCGUCAUGAUUCCCUUUUAUUCCAGAAGUUGUGUCCUUAAGGGAUUAAAGUGGCAAUUGUUUACUAGAUAUGCUGGCAUUAAACAUGAACUGUCAGUCCACAGAAGUUUUAAUAUUAUGUUUACCUAUCUCUUUAUUUGACAGAUAUGUAUUUAUGAGGUGUGAAAAAUAAAAUUAAAUGUAUCAAUUCCCAUCUCUUCAUCCUGCAAUUGGGUGCCCUCAUUGGAUCUCCCUGUCAAUCAUUGUUAUUAGUUCUGUCAUUUGCAUCUGCCAAUCAGCAUAUAUAAACCAUACAAAGCAGAGGAGAAGUUAAACAAUGUCUCUAUUUUUCCUCAUUAUUUGCCAUUUUUGCCAUUGGUUUUACCGUAUCUGAACUGGAUUAUACUGUUAUUUGCUAAAACUUUAAUGUAAAGUUAAAAGAAGAUGGAACAUUUCAUGAAAAUAUAGGUCAAGGUGAUUUCUCAACAUUUUAUUCUAUUGUGUAAAUUUUAGAGAAGUGACAGUUCUCUUCUAAUUGUAGGCUGCACCGAGUACAAUAUAAACAAACUUAUAAUUAUAAAAACUAAAAAGUCACAUUGCAAAAAAAAAAAAAAGAGAUAAUAAGAUUGCUUUACAUAAUAGAAACAGGCAAGAGGAGUGUGAGUAGCCACCAAUGAACAUAGUUGCUUCAACUCUUAAUCUACUAUAAACGACAUAGUCACUGCCACAAUGAGUAGAGAUUGAAAAUGCUAUGGGAACAUUUGGCAAGAUCACAUAUUGUCAAUUUAGAACUAUGUGUCAGCUCUUCUCGGGUCUAGAAUUUCAAUAUGGCAAUGAACCGUAGCAGGAUGUCGCCAUUGACAUCCCCACUGAGAGAAACUCCAGCUCUUUAAGAUUGUGGUAAUGUCAACCCCACUCUCUCCACCAAGGAUGAUUUAUGUAUGGUAAUUUGCCAUACAAAAUCUUCUGCCUCAUAUAGGAAGAAGUCGCACAAAUAGGAUUGUAUAUUUAGUACAACAAAAUAAGUACACAAAAGUGUAGGUGAAUGAAUAAAAAACUCUAACACCUAAAAGUGGUAUCCCCUACACCACUUAAAAACAGAUAAUAUACAUACAUAUAAAAGGUGGAGUUUCCAAGCAAUAUUUCAACAGAUAUUUGUUAGAAGUGUUUCAUCUCGGUAUGGAUAACUUGAAAUGCUGCAAUUUCUUGCCAUUCAUCUAUGAGGGAAGUUCUAAUGCGAGUGCUGUAUAACCGGUUAUCCAGCGCUCGCAUUAGAACUUCUCUCAGAGAUGAAUGGCAAGAAAUUGCAGCAUUUCAAGUUAUCCAUACCGAGAUGAAACACUUCUAACAAAUAUCUGUUGCCUCUUUGGGACAGAGUUUGACAUCCAUCUUCUCACGAGGACUUUUUAUCUCCUGGAUGUUAAUGCGCUUAUGUAUCUUCUGCAUAGGCCUUCCCACCAGACAUCUUGAGAAACACAGAACAAUCGGCCCAAACUUCGAGAAGGAUUAACUACUCACAGAUGUAAUGUUAUCUGUUUGAGUUGCUCUCUUCAAUCUUUACAUAGAAUGGUGAAUGGGGACAAACACAUUCAUGGCUUUGGAGCUCCUGCCUAACUCUUGGGCACGAGGCAGCUACCUAAAGGUCCCCUUUAGUUAAUCCUGCCUGCCCAAGCUUCAUCAAGUCCAGAAAAGUAAUUAAACUUUCUUUCAUAUUUCAUCGAUUAUUUGUUCAAUAACACUUUCUGUCUAGGAUGGGACGAUUUCUCGUUCAUGUAUUGCCUAAUUAAAAUUAAAAUUAUAAUGAAAUCAAUCUAAAACCAAUCUUUUGGUAUUCCGAUAAAAAGCAGAUGAGAUUUGUUGGCAAAUGACUAAGGCCAAAUCAUGAGCUGGGAAAAAUAUUUGCAUAUAUCAUUGUCAGAGUUUUUAGAGUCAACCCUGCGCAACUUCAUCUAUAGCAAAUAGGACUUCCAUGUGUUUUCAUUUUCUCGGUGUAACAUAUUUUUUAGCUGCUGUUUCUCAAUUAAAUUUCAAAGUUUGGUGAAGGUGUAUAUAUAUUGAUAUUGAUUUUGGUUCAAUGCAUGUAGGUGUAUCUGAAGAACUUGUACAAACUCCCUUCCAAAUCUGUCAGUGGCAAGAGAAGUGCAGUGGAAAAUCCCCUAGAGGCUUUGCAGUAUUUUUUCGGACUGGCGGUAACUGGAAGACUUGACAAUGAAACCUUGGGGUUGAUGAGGCAGCCUCGAUGUGGGGUACCUGAUAUGUCAGAAUACAAAAUAAUCCACAGGAAUUUGAAAUGGUCUUCAAACAUAAUAACAUACAGGUAUUGCACCACGGAUCUACUUAGAAUUAUUAAUGUUGUACAGAUAUUUUAAGGGACAUCAUAAUCACUAGAACUUUUAGUAUUAUUCAUUGUGCUAGGAAGAUUUCUUGAAAAUGAAACUUUUUAAUUCUAUCUUAUUUCCUUUAGUUUAGGUUGUAUGCAUGGGCGUCAGCAGGAAUUUUUCUCGGGGGGGGGGGGAGGGGGGCAUAAUUGUAAUGACAUCCAUGCAUGGCCCCUUUUUGACAGUGUCAUGAAGGGGAGGAGCAUAGUCAUUAUCACAUAAAUACAGGGUGAAUAGCGUUUUCACAACUAUGGUGUAUGGUGAUACAUGUUUGUAUUCCUGACACUAUAGUGUUCAUUUAAGCAAAUUAAAGGAACAUUCUGGUCACCAUAACAACUUCAUCUAAAUUGCUGCCCCUCAUUGCUGCCCCUUCCUGCUCAUUUCUGUUCCUUUUCCUACUUUACCUUUGUGCUCCUUCUGCCCCUUCCAUAUAAUUGUUGACCCUUUCUGCUCCUUGAUUUCCCUUCCUGCUCAUUUCUGCUCAUUGCAGACCCUUCCUCCUUCUUGCUGCCCCUUCCUGCUUUCUGCUUCUUUCUGCCCUUUCCAGCUCCUUGCUGACCCUUUCUGUUCCAUGUAGUCCCUUUCUGUUCCUUCUCCUACUUUACCUUUGUGCUCCUUCUGAUUCUUUCUGUUCCUUCCUGCUCCUUGCUGCCCCUUCUUUCUUCUUGCUGCCCCUUCCUGCAUCUUGCAGACCCUUUCUGUUCCUUGCAGACCCUUCCUACUCCUUGUUGACCCCUCCUGCCCGUUGCAGACCCUUCCUACUCCUUGCUGACCCCUCCUGCCCCUUCCUACUCCUUGCUGACCCUUCCGGCUCCUUCUGAUUCUUUCUGUUCCUUCCUGCUCCUUGCUGCCCCUUCUUUCUUCUUGCUGCCCCUUCCUGCUCCUUGCAGACCCUUCAUACUCCUUGUUGACCCCUCCUGCCCCUUGCAGACCCUUCCUACUCCUUGCUGACCCCUCCUGCCCCUUCCUACUCCUUGCUGACCCCUCCUGCCCCUCGCAGACCCUUCCUACUCCUUGCUGACCCCUCCUGCUCCUUGCUGCCCCUUACUACUCCUUGCUGACCCCUCCUGCCCCUUGCAGACCCUUCCUACUCCUUGCUGACCCCUCUUGCUCCUUGCUGCCCCUUCCUACUCCUUGCUGACCCCUCCUGUCCCUUGCAGACCCUUCCUACUCCUUGCUGACCCCUCUUGCCCCUUGCAGACCCUUCCUACUCCUUGCUGACCCCUCCUGCCCCUUCCUACUCCUUGCUGACCCUUCCUGCCACUUGCUGCUCCUUCCUGCUUCUUGCUGACCCCCUCCUGCUCCUUGCUGACCCCCUCCUGCUCCUUGCUGCCCCUUCCUGCUCUUUUCUGCUUCUUGCUGCCCCUUCCGCUCUUCCUAUUCCUUGCUGAUCCCUACUGCGCCUUGCAGAACCUUUCUGAUCAUUUCUGUUCCUACUUUACCUUCCUGUAGGCUGUCUCCCCCCCAUCCCUCACUUACCUGGCCUGUAGGUUGCCCCCCCCAUCCCUCACUUACCUGGUCUGUAGGUUGCCCCCCCAUGCUUGCUGGCUGCAAUCUGUGCUGUUCCCCUGCGGAUGCAGUCAGGAGAAAGAAGCAGGGAUAAGCUGUAGCUUCCUAUCCCGGCCUUUCUCCAUUCACAGCGCCACCUACUGUUUAUUAUCACUCAAACUAAAAAUAUCAGCACAAACUGAAAAAUCCAGAGGGGGGAAAGUGCCCCCUCUUGCCCCCCCUGUGAACUCCCAUGGUUGUAUGUGCUUUUUUUCUUCCAAAUGACUGCACAUGGGUAAUCAUUGAUUAAUUAUUAUUUCCCAAUUGAAGGCUCUGUAACUGUAUCAUCUAAUUGAAGAGGUUAUAUUGUCUGGAGUCUCCUGGCUCCAUCCAUCCAUUCAGUACUAAACUGUUUUCGAAUGGUUUAACACUAAAUGAGAAUCACUGGCAGCCUUUCUCCUAUGUGGUUUCCUAAUGAGGAAACAUUAGCUUGGGCAGCAAUGGGCAGUUUUGAUUGGCUGAUUGGAGAGUGUCAGCCGACUGCUUUCAACCUAUUACAGUCAUCUAUUGCUGAAUUAACAAAUUGAUAUGUUUAGGACAAAGCCUAAUCUGAGCCUUAGCUAUACCUCCAGCAGGAUCUGGCCUUUGGCGGCCAAAGGUUUACUCAAUGUUCCACUGCUCGUAUAUUGUUUAAAACGGAAUGGAGGGAUAUAUGUAAACAAUUCUAUGAGAUGAAAUGGUUAUAGUGCCUAGAGUGUUCCUUUAAGUCAUUUAAGUACCUGGAGAAAGUUAGGACGCACUGCCUGCUCAUGAUGUUUAGGCCAGUCCACUUGCAGAAAAUAUACCGUAAGUGUAUACGCACACUACCUACCUGAUCCUGAGUUGGUGCUGAUGGAUAGAUGUGUGGAUGUUCAAAAUCUCAUGUUUCUGUUUCAUCUAUACUUUAAAUUGUUAUGUAAAUAAUAACUUUACCAGCUACUGCCCCCCCCCCCACACACACACACUCAGCCGUCAAUGUAUGAACACUACAUUUUAUUAUGACAGAACACAACUAUUUAUUUAACAACAUACUGCAACUAUUUACACACUCUAUUAACACACUGACACUUGCACACACCUUGAUUCAAAAUGUUGUUAAAUAAAUAGUUGUGUUCUGUCAUAAUAAAAUGUCAUAUCCUUGUUUGUACAUGUGUAUCUGAGUGUGUGUAUGUGUCAUUGUUUGUAUCUGUUUGUUAAGGUGUGUGCAUAUGUGUGUGUGUGUGUCACUGUAUGUGUCUGUGUGUCACUAUGUGUAUAUGCCAGUAUGUAAGUGUGUAUCAGUGUUUGUAUCUGUAUGUUAGUGUGUUUAUCUGUGUGUCAAGUUGUGUGUAUGUAUCAAGGUCAUCUUGAUACAUACACACACCUUGACACAUACACACAUUGACACACACACACACUCAGAUACACACUCAUUGACACACACACACACACACAUUCUGACAUACAUAGACACAUACAUGUUAUAAGUGUUAUAUUUACAGCCUCCCUCAUGUUAGCUUACCUUUUGUGUCCCAUAGGGUGGCUUGCUUGGAGUCCUGAUGAUGCUGGUUGAGGCUGAGGGAAGUGAGCAUGAGGUUCUGCUGCAGCUCACUCCUGCCUCUCCAUGCUGCUUGUGUGCACUACUGCUGCCUUCUCCCUACUGUGUGGCACUCUAUUAUGAAGCUGGGAGGAAGUGACAGGCUGUCACUUCCUCUCAGCUGGCCCAUACUACAGUUCAGCAAUACCCAUCUGGUGGCCCGCAAAUAAUAUUAUAUGACAUCGUAUGUCUGUUGUGUGUGAUUUCCGGGAUAUUGUAUAUAAUUUGCGGUCGUCAGGGAGCCGCUAUUAAAAUGCGUGAGACUCCCUGAACUUCCGGGAGAGUUGGGAUGUCUGGCCCUAUAACAUUAUAAUUUAGCAAACUUUCAAGAUUUAAAUAGCUCCAUCUUUAAAUUAAUCUCAAGGGAAUAAACAUUUCACAGUUUAUAUUACUUAAGCCUUGCUAUAUUUUAGACAGGAUUUUGAAUAUUAGCAUACAAGCAUAAGUACAUUUUUUAUCACAUACAGUAGGUGUAAGAAGAUAUUUCAGAAAUACAAAUUCCAUGUUUAUGGGUAUUUGCAAGGAAUUUUUAGAAAUGCAGCUUUUUGUCUCCAGAAUCUAAAUAUCUUUAGGUGGGAAUAACACACACAUGUAAUAAGCAAAGUUCUAAUUUUAAGUAUAGGAGUCCAGUUUAUCCUGACUCAUCAUUGCACAGGUACUUGUGCUAUGAUGUGCUCACCAAACACACCCCUGUCUGCAUCAUUUAUUUAAGAAAUUAUUGACCAGCACCUAUUUUCAUUUCAUAAAUGUGUUACACUAUGUGGUCUGACAUGUUAUUUUACCUUUUCCCACGAAAGUGUAAGACAGAAAUCGUAUUGUGUGUGUGUGUGUGUAUGGUGAGACCUGUCUUUCACAGUACAUGCACAGUUUGCUAUAACCAGCAGCAGGAUAUGAGAAAUGUCUAGCCUCUUGGUCGACCAAGGGGCAUGAAAAAAAAAAAUGUGUUUAUGGCACAUUAUUAAUGUUUUUUAUUAUUUAUUAUAUUAAUAUGCUUAAUCUGUUUAAAAAGAAUCGAAUGUACCAAACAUAUAAGUAUAUCAAUAAACAUUCAGGAUCAGUAUAAUAAUUUGCAGGAUUUCCACUAUGGAGUUUUAACAAAAAACAUAUUAAAUGCCAUGUAAUUGUUUAGUAGCUAAAAUAGCUAUAGGGUUUAUCUACCUUACUAAGCAGCACGUUUUAGUGAAUUGAGAUUUCUAUUAAAAAAUGAGUAAAAUAAGUUUGUUACAAAAAUCCCAAUUUUGUCAGCUUUUCUGACUGGGGUAUGUAUAUAAGAAUCUAUUAUUUGGGAAGCUUCGUGUUUAGUGAAUAGAAUCCUCUGCUGCUUAUUGGGUAAACAAGUCCUGUCGGAUAUUCCUUAUUUACCCCAUUUAAAACUGAGCUGUUAUAUUCCUUCUAGUGACCCGGUUCUUAGCUUCCUAUAUAUACAAGUUGGAAAAAAAUUAGAUGGUUAUUAAGUAAAUUCCGAAUUGUAGCACAUUGAAAUCUGAAUGGCAAAAGUGAGGUGUUCAUUUCUGUUUAGCUAAAUCAUAAGACAAGCAACCUUGUACACUACAAAGAUAUCGUGUACGUAUUCUCUGCUUUGCACCUGGCCAUCUUUACUCCUCCCCAUAUUCUAAGAAGACCCUAUCUCUAUACUCCCCAUCUUCUAAGAAGACCCUAUCCCUACACCUUCCUAUUCUAAGAACACCCUAUCCGUACACCUUUCUAUUCUGAGAAGACCAUAUCCCUACACCUUCCUAUUCUAAGAAGACCAUAUCCCUUGAACUUCUUAUUCUAAGAACACCCUAUCUCUAUACUUUCCUAUUCUAAGAUGACCUAUCCCUACACCUUCCUAUUCUAAGAACACCCUAUCCCUACACCUUCCUAUUCUGAGAAGACCCUAUCCCUACACCUUCCUAUUCUAAGAAGACCAUAUCCCUUCAACUUCUUAUUCUAAGAAGACCCUAUCUCUAUACUUUCCUAUUCUAAGUAGACCCUAUCCCAACACCUUUCUAUUCUAAGAACACCCUAUCCCUACACCUUCAUAUUCUAAGGAGACCCUAUCCCUACAACAUCCUAGUCUCAGAAGACCCUAUCCCUACACCUUCCUAUUCUAAGAAGACCCUAUCCCUACACUUUCCUAUUCUAAGAACACCCUAUGCCUACACCUUCCUAUUCUGAGAAGACCCUAUCCCUACACCUUCCUAUUCUAAGAAGACCACAUCCCUUCAACUUCUUAUUCUAAGAAGACCUUAUCUCUAUACUUUCCUAUUCAAAAAAGUCCCUAUACUACACCUUCCUAUUCUAAGAACACCCUAUCCCUACACCUUCCUAUUCUGAGAAGACCCUAUCUCUAUACUUUCCUAUUCUAAGACAACCCUAUCCCUACACCUUCAUAUUCUAAGGAGACCCUAUCCCUACAACUACUUAUUCAAAGAAAUCCCUACCCUACACCUUCCUAUCCUAAGAAGACCCUAUCCCUACACCAUCCUUUUCUGAGAAGACCCUAUAUCUAUACUUUCCUAUUCUAAGAUGACCCUAUCCCUACACCUUCAUAUUCUAAGGAGACCCUAUCCCUACAACUUCCUAGUCUCAGAAGACCCUAUCUGUACACCUUCCUUUUCUAAGAAGACCCUAUACCUACACCUUCCUAUUCUAAGAAGACCCUAUCCCUACACUUUCCUUUUCUAAGAAGACCCUAUCUCUAUACAUUCAUAUUCUAAGGAGAUCCCACCUAGUAAUGCCCCUUGGAUAAGUUUUAGAGCAAUGAUUUGUUAUAUGUUUUCACCAUGUUGCUUGCACCAGCUGCCCAUGCUAUUAAUUAAUGAUUGCCAAUAUUUGCUUGGUAAAUAAUGAAACAACCCUAAAAUGCCCCUUUAUUGAUUUCCUUUAAACCUUUGUUCUGUUUAAUAAACAGUGAACAUUCUUUGCAUUGACUCCGUUGUAUGGUCUAAUCAGUGAUUGUUCCACAAGCACUCGGAGUGUGGCACAAUCUAGAUAGAACUUUAAGUCCAUGGCAGGAGAAGUCUGGUGAUCACCAAAGACAGAAAGGAGAUGUUCUAAAACCAGCUAAUCUGGAAAACAUCUCCUAUAUUUUACCCUAAAUAAUGAUCUUACAACAAUUUAGAGUUUAAUGAAUAUGCUUGCUGGUUAUGCUUGAGGAAAAAAAAAAAAGUAAAAAUACAAUGAAACACAUCAUCAUUCACGUGCUUGCAUUUGCUGCUUUGUUGUCUCAUUAAUAGUCACUUCUUCAUUUUAUAGAAUUGUUCACUACACACCUGACCUUCCAGCUGUACAAGUCGAUUGGGCCAUAUGGAACGCACUGAGGGUUUGGAGUGAGGUGACCCCACUUGAAUUCAUUCAGCUUCACAGUGGACCUGCUGACAUAGUGAUAUCAUUUGGAGCACAAGGUAAUAGUGAUAACUGGUAAUUGUGAUUUAUUCAGCAUAAUUAAAGCACUUUAAAAAUAUUGACUUAAAGGGAUACAAUAGGCAUCAAAACAACUUUAGCUUAAUGAAGCAGUUUUGGUGUAUGGAUCAUGCCUCUGCGGUGUCACUGCUCAAUUCUCUUCCAUUUAGGAGUGAAAUCACUUUUGUUUCUGUCUAUGCUGCCCUAGCCACACCUCAUCUGGCUGUGACUAUUGCAGCCUGCAUGAACAUACUUUGCAAGUUUUUAUCUCCUGCUCUCUAUAUUGAAUGUUAAUCUCACACAGGAGGCUUCUGCAGUCUCUAACAGGCCAUUGACAAGGUAGGAGAUAAGAAAUUCUAAAUUAAUUAGACUGCAAUAAGGAACGUUUAAAUAUUAGCUCUCUGUGGGUGGGCGUGGACCACCAAGGAUGAACGGCCCCUGCUGUUUUAUUGAUAUACAGCAUAAAACCAACGAUUUUCUGAUACCUAAGAGCAGCAGUCUUACAUGCACAGUGGUGCUGUUACACAAGUUAUGAUCUCACAAUGAAUCCUGGCCCUUUUGGGGGCACUUUUGUACCGCAGUAGCUGAGGCCUUGUCAGAUGGUGAGUGGGGUGGACAGCCACCUCCUGUAAGCUGAACCUUUGGCAAGAUGUGGCCCUGGUCUCGUUUCACCCCCCUUUGGACUGGUGGGGGUCAUCCCGGUCCUCACCUUUGGAGCUCUCCUGUACCUUAUAAUUGCUUCUGUAACCCUGCACUGAAUAGAAGCCAUCUCUCUAAAAUGGUGGAUACCUCAUGUCCAGCAGCCAGCAGCAGAGAGCUUACCUGCCAGCUUGAGUGGCUCAUCACGGCAUUCUUGGACAUGCUGGACAGAUGACCGCAACAUUGUUAGACGGGUGAGGAGUGAACAUCCCCCCCAGAAUCCACAGUUGGCUGCUAUUGAAAAGCGUACAUGCGAAAGCCGGCAACAGCUGAGGCAGCCUGGACAAGUGGCUGCAGUGCAUCGCAUGCCAGGAGACCGUGGCUCUCACAGUCCUGCUUGUGCAGACACCCAGAAGGUCGGCACACACCGGGAGGCAACAACACCACCGCUAAGCAUUUAUUGCCUCGAUGUCAGAGUACCUCCCCGGCUGACACUGGAGCUGGGGAGCACACCGGAGGGCAGACCAAAGUGGGACUGUCCAGUAAGCCUGCAAGGAGUUGGCUAAUUCGUGACUCUUGCUGCUACUGUUCAUCAUGCCCCAACCAAGUUCCUUUCAUAUACAUGAUCUACUUUAAUCUUAUUGUUUUUUUAAUGUUAAUUUUUAUUCCUGAUGGGCAUCUCUCACCUCUUGCAUACGUCUGGGGGUCCCCGGGGCAAAACAUGUUAGUUAAGCAGAAAUAUGUUUUUUCUUGGGCACUCGGCCCUUCCUACCCUCUUAUACUGUCUUAACUCGUGUAUUAAGCUACACGUCAGUUAGUGAAGUCAGACUUUGUUCCUUUCCUCCUGUAUUUUGGAAUUUCUCUGCUGACAUAUCUUGUUAUAUAUCUUUUUAAAAAGUGCAGAUUAGCAAGACAUUACUUGUUGAAUUUUCAUGUCUCCCCACUUUUUUCAUAUGCACAACCAUUGUCUUCAUUUACUUCUGUAUCACCACUGCAUGCCAAAACUAAAGAAUUACAACAUAUAUAUAUUAGCUCUCUAUUUACAGGAAGUUCUUAGGAAGGCUGUGAUAGUCAUAUGCAGUGAGGUGUGACUAGGGCUGAAUAAACAAAGUGAUUUAACUCCUAACUGGCAGAGAACUGAGCGGCUUAAUCUGCACUGUAAUACUGCUUCAUUAAGCUAAGGUUGUUUUGAUGCCUAUAGUGUUCAUUUAAGAUUGUGAGGAUCAUAAUAGUGAUGGUUUAAGAGCACUAUGGAGAUAAGAGUGCAGCAUCAUUACAGAUUUGCAUUUAUUAGAGAACAUAAGUAGACAAUAUGGGGUACAGUGUAUUCAACCUUUGGAACAUUGCAUCCUUACACCCCUGUACUCUGUACUGUGUACUCUUUAUCCCUUGCAAGGCACUGUGGAUUGUAAUGGACGUUCCUCAACAUCUUGAGUUCAGUGUUCCUCAACAUAAUCAUGGAUAGUCCCCUAACCCCAUGUAUUUCAUAUCUGUAACCCUAAGACCCCCUAGCCCAGGCAUAGGCAACCUUCAGCACUCUAGAUCUUUUGGACUACACCUCCCAUGAUGCUUUGCCAGCAUUAUGGGUUCAAGAGCAUUAUGGGGUAUGUAGCGCACAAUAUCUGGAGUGUCGAAGGUUGCCUAUCCCUGCGCCUAACCCUAAGUACACCCAAACUUAUCCAUAGAGGCAAUUUCAAAAAGUGUACUUUUAUGUUUCACUCUGUAUGCUGCACUCUAAAAUAUGCACCGCCAUCCAAAACUGCACCAAACAAAACUCAACAUGUUGAAUAUACUGCUAUAUAGAUACUGACAUAAUUAGAAACUAAAGAUCAAUUUUGUAAUUUAGAUCAUGAGGACUUUUUCCCGUUUGAUGGACCAUCUGGUAUAUUAGCUCAUGCUUUUCCUCCUGGAGCGGACAUUGGUGGAGACAUCCAUUUCGAUGACGAUGAAACGUGGACAAUGACCGCAGAAGGUAAUAGUUUUUUUAUUAUGUGACACAAUGUUACACUGCUAAAAUAUAAUUUUUCUGUAGUUAAGGAAAAUAUGAUAUGUAAAAAAAAGUAUAUUUUGUACCAUUAAUAUGAGUUUUUAUAAUUUUAUCAUAUUAUAUAUUUGAUAAUGAUGUUUCAUAAUAGCCUCAUUAAUAAAUUGUAUUCAAUUUCUUUAUUGUUUUUGUUAUCUUUAUUGGCAUAGAAAAUAAUAUAUUUACAGACAAAAUCAAAUACCAUUGUGAUAGAACAUAGUUUUAAAGUUCACUUUAUUGUAGAUGUAAUUUAAGCUAAGCAUUAUACUUAUGAAAUUUAAUAGAAAUAUAUAGCUUAAAAUAUCUGCUUACCUGAAAGUGCUUCUGCCACCUCCAAGAUUGUGUCUAAGUAUGGCAUACAUGGCAUUCCACAGUAAGAGAUAUUGAAUGGAGUAAGUAAGACUAAUCGUACAGCUACUCCUAAAGUGCCUUAUUGUGAUUAUUAUGGAAAUGUACAUGACACAGCAGUAGAGAGCAAGAAUGUUAUUAUAAUAUAGUGAGAUUACUUUUGUUCAAAGUGUUGUGAUUACAUAAUGUUUUAGUCCAUGUAAAAGGACACAAUUGCAUAUUUGGCAGGACACUUUCAGUUUAAAGGGGUUUUAAUUAUGAACUUGUAAUGAGUGAACUGAAUGUUAGCCCGUGUUAAACUCAGGGAUUUAUUUUCCACAGAUAGAAGGGAAUUGUAAAAUUAGGCCAUAAAAGUCAGUUUAGAAAACAUCUUCACAACUUUUUCAACUCAAUAGUCUAAAUUUUGUAAUUCACCCGUCAAUUUGCCACCAUUCACGGUGUAAUGAAUACAUUUCUUACUGCAUAAAUGUUUUUACAGUAAAGUUAAGGUAAGUUAGGCUGUAAGCCCCUUUGGACUGAUGACACAUCAGGACUGUAAUAAUAAAAGAGAGGGAUCAAACAGAUUAGUCACACACAGAGGAAACAAAACAAUCACAAAAGCAAUGAAAAUUGAACCUUGUGUUGUGACUUUUCUGUAUGUCAUGCAUUGUGUAUUGAUUUUAAACUGGCGUUGUGUAAUACACUCCCCUACUGUGUUCAAAGCACUGAUUAAAUACAAAUUCUUGCUCCCCAACCAACAUGGCGUCUCCUCCUGCAAACUUGCCUGGUGUUAACCUUACAUCGGAGACUAGAUCAGGAAAUGUUACUAUCCCGCUUGAAUUGUUGGAUCAGCAGCAGAAACAUAUAUGAAAGAUUGAACUCGAUUAACUUGAGUCUUUUGUCUACCUAUUUAACAAUGUAACCAUUAAGCUUGGACAAUUGAUCGGUCCAUUUCCAUGUCAGCCAUGUUAAGAUAGCAAUUUAAUGUACAUUUUCUUGCUUCUAGCAUAUAACUUGUUCACUGUAGCUGCUCAUGAGAUCGGCCAUUCUCUCGGUUUAGACCAUUCCAGUGACCCCAGAGCGUUAAUGUUCCCUCUCUACACGUUCAUCAGUUUAAAGAAUUAUUCACUUGCUGAUGAUGACAUCCGUGGAAUACAAGUGCUAUAUGGUAAAAAUGAUAUAAAGUAUAUAUUAUAUAUUGCUUAUCAGCGUCUUCUUAAUACUUACUUUCAUAUACCUUUUUUUAGCUCUAAAAUGGUCUACAUGCAUUUCUCUCAUAUUUUCUUAUUCUAUCUCUUCUAUGUUCUCUGAAUAUAACAACUUAGAGCCCCUAAAGUUUUUUAUUUUUUAUUUGCCUUAGUAUUUAUUUUAUAUAUUUAUAUGUGUGUACACAAAAUUGAUACUAGCAAGCCAGAAAAUGUUUUUCCUGGCUGGCUAAUGAUGCCUCAAUGAAUGCUGCUGACAGUGGAGAUAGAUCUCUGACAGCAAAGGAGUUAAACUCCAAAUGCGCCACGUUUCAUAGCGAAACGUUGCUCGUACAGACUCAAGACAUCAUGACCACUUCAAAUCACUGAUUGGAGUAACCCAUUAAUGCAUAUCUCCAAGGGAUAGGAUUAUAAAUCAGUGCAAAUUGACUGGCAAAUGGGUUGCUUUCAUGAAAUAUUGAGCAGCACCCUUCCAUAAAUAUAUAUAUAUAAUCCACCACUUAGGGGUCUCGACAAGACCUAGCUGGUCUGUGCACUAGUCGUUGCCUGGUGGUGGUUGAUGGGCAAUAAUUUAUAACGUCCAGCUUGUUAAUGCGCAAGUUAGAUAAUUGUAGUAUCUACUCCAUUAACUUUAUGUGCUAAAAGUAAACAUUCAGCCAGGCAGUUUAUUCCAAGGCUUCAAGCAAAAUAAAAUGUGGUUUCUUAUAUGUGUCAGAGAAACAUUUCCAGAUAUCACAUGGGAAACCAAUUAAGGGACUUCCCAGUAUGCUAUGGGCACUCUGACAAACUGCCAUGGGACUGUGCUUCGUCUGCCCUCUGAAGAAUUGUUCUAUAUCAUCUUUCUGUAAUUGGUAAGCAUCUGUCUGUUCGUGGAAAUGUAAUACACACUGUGUUAUUUUCCAGGAUCAAGAAACUCGAAGAUGACCAUCCCAUCAAUCUGUAACCCUGUCGAUGCUAUAGCACAUCUGGACAAAGCCAUCAUUGUUUUUAAAGACGGGUAUUAACCAAAAGUGUGUUUUGGGCUUCAACACUAUUUGAAGCUAUUUAAAAAACAAUGAGCGAGAGGAGGAAAUGCUAUUAGACAUUGAUAAUUAUUUUACCAAAUGAGAAUAUUUCUAAACUUCAAAGAAACACUACAUCUAAACAUUUAUAGUGACUUAUAUCUCAUGGCUUCCAGGUUUCUGUAGAAUGUUUCCACAUAGAAAUUCUACAUAGAACCUUGGUCUCACAAACAAUAUCAGCACCCAUGCCAGUUUUACAGGCUUAAAUGUCAGCUGCAAGUUCUGGGCUUGUUCGCUUUUAAAGCAAGCUACAAGGAGACAUUUCAAUAUAUUUUGUGUGCUGGAGUAUGCAUGUAUUUCUCACAGCUACAAUAUUGACAAGGGAAACUAUAGGCACCCAAACCACUUCAGCUCAUUGAAGUGAUCUGGGUACAUAUUCGCAGAUCCCCUAACCCUGCAAAGGUAAUUAUAUUGCAUUUUUUAAUACUCUGCUAUAAUUACCUUUGAGGGUGAACUUCAACUCCAGCAUAAGGACAUCCAGUGUCACCAAAAACCUGAUAGAAAAGUAUUAGAAAUGUUUCCUAUGGGGGGAAAUACUAAUGCGAAUGCAGCCAUUACCCCACAUGCGUAUUAGUUAGGUCUUGUCACGAUCUCUUACCUCUCUCCAUCUCGCCCACGUGGUGUAGUACCCGAGGCUGGCUCCUCUCACAGCAGGUUCGGCAUGUCCCAUGCCGGACGCUGGAGUCAUACCCCUUUUACUGAAGCGACGCAUAUGUGCUGACGUUAUGACGUCAAUGACGCGGUCCAGUAUCAUCAAUACCGGCCCAAAACAUUUUGGGGUUGUGGUCUUAAAGCAAAAGAUGCUCCAUUAUAAAAAGGGCACCUUUUGCUUUGUUCAUGCCCUAUUGUGGUUCCUUGUGUUCCCUUUAGUGCUAUUUGAUAUUCUCUGUGUCUAUUAGGUAUUUCUGUGUUUUGACUCCGGUUGGCUUUUGACUUCUCUGUUCUCUGGUUCCCUGACUCGGCUUGUAUCUUGACUUUCUCCUUUCUGGUAUCCUGACUUGGCUAUUCUUGUAUCACUCUCUGGAUCUCCGGUAUCUUGACUUUGCCUACUCCUUGACAACUUUUUUACCUACGUUAAAACCUGAAAUUUUUAAGUUUCGGUAAAACGUGCUUGUGUUUUCUGUGGGUUUACAUACUGCGUGUUGGGUUAUCACACAACCGUGAUAGGUCUUCCCUACCUACUGACGUUGGCACUUAUCUCAGGUAAGUGACAGAAUGGGUUUAUAAAAUUAGUACAUUUUUGUUCAUGCUUAGAAAGGGUAAUGCUAUUAUUUUAAACUUUGGAAAAAUUUGGAUUUGCAACUAGUGGUAGGAGAUCUAUUUACUCAAUGUUUUAUGUGUCAAUGUCCAUUUCAACAGUAGAUUAAAUGGUUACAUCUGUGGUUCUCCUUCGGUUAUUUACUGAAAUCACAGCACGUGGUUUGCCAUUGGUCCACCAGCUUUUGAAGAGCACAUCAGUAAGUUCACAACGUGCAGCUGAUGUGAAAUGCAAAGGCACCUAUUAGCAUGUUUUCUAGUUGUAGAAGUGAAAACACAAAAUAAGAAACUAUAAGACAACUGGAGCAACGCAAAUAUAUAAACAAGAUGCUGAGCUAAGCUAAAUGAAAUUAUGGCAAAAAUAAACAAAUAAAUACAUAAUAUAUAAAUAAAUAAAAUAAUUAAAAAUAUAUGAAUAUAUAUAUAUAUGGUAAAUUGAUGUUGUGGCAGGCUUAUGCAAUGUAUGAUCAUAUACUGUAACUAAGCCCCAUUAUUUUUGCCUAGAAUAGGUGUUUUAAAAAAAAAAACUAAUAAAUAACAGAGCAAUAAAUCUGUGAGCUUUUAAGUUCCUUGUUAGUGGAUGAGUGAGCGCGCUUAUAUAUAUUUAUACUAUACCACAGAGGCAGCGCAGGAAUAUAAGAAAAUAUUACACGAAGCGUAAAAUUGAGGAAGAAUGAUUAAGGCAACCAAUAGCAGGAGUCAGCUGUUUCAUAGGAAAUUAGACAAUUCCUGCAAAUUUAACCAUUUUGUUAACCCUCUUAAAUAUGGAAUGUAAUUACAAUAUAGAAUUUAGCAUUCUAUAUUAAUAGUUUAUCAAACAUAUAUAACACAAGAAAGAGCUCACUGUGUUUUUAAAAAAAUAUUCAAUGACUGCCUUUAUUAAAGAUUCACCACUGUUACAAUGUGUUGUAUCGUCAAUGUUUGCACACAUGUACUUUUUUCAAGAUCUGGGUGUAAACCAAGCAUGUCAAACUCAAAGGCUAUAGUGUGGAGGAGGAGCAGAUAUAGUGUGAAGGGGGGGGGAAGGGUGAUAUAGCGUGGAGAGGUCGGGUAUUAUAGUGUGGAGGGGGUUGUUGUGUCAGAAAUACCUUUUUAUAAUUUUUUCCUUAUCCAUUUCCUGGUGAUCCAGUGGGCAGCUUUUCCUGGUGGUCCUGUGGUCUGUUUAUCCGGUCUGCAGCUCUGCUGGGUGCAGAGCUGCAGACCACAUAUUAAGUGUAUCGCGAUCUCCAGCAGAGUCAGAGCGUUGCCGUGGUAACCUGCGGCAAUGCUCUGAUUGGCUGGAGAUUGCGAGAUACUUCAGUCUGCAGCUCUGCACCAGGCGGAGCUGCAGGCAGAAGGAUGUGCUCGGCUCCCUCUCAGGGCAGACUGAAGGAAGGGUCUUGCACCCGGCUGCAUUAAUGGCAAGCUGCCGGGCCCCCUCUCUGUGUCAGGCCCUCGGUCAUAGACUGAGGGCCGACUUGUUAGUCUUCCUUAAGGUGAUUUAGGCAGCCGCAAGGCCACAGUCAGCACCUACAUACAUUGAUGACCGCAUUCUGCUCACAGGCCGCAAGUUUGACAUGCUUAGUGUAAAUGUAACAUUUACUUAUUAGCCUCAAAUUCUUUUAAGAAAAUAUGCUAAAAAAAAGUAUUUUAAAAAAAAAAAAUUUUUAAGGAAAAUAGUUUCUGCAAAAUAGAAAAAAGGUCACUAUUUUUGUAUGAUUCAUUUGUAGAUUAGUUUGGUAUCAUCAUCCCAACGUGGCUGCAGCCAAAGCAUUCUCGAUAAAUUCUGUUUGGAAAGGUCUUCCAACAUCAAUUGAUGCUGCUUAUAAUUACCCCAGAAAUGGUACCCUUCACUUAUUCAGUGGUAAGUAGGUACUUAUUGACAUGCAGUGUGUUCAUUGUGAAAGUUUUAGGAUUUUAUUAUAUUUCUAUUAGCACUAUUCGUACAAAAAAAAAUACUUUUUUGGUUUUGUAUCUUUUAUUUAUUCCCCCAAGUCAGGGCAAGUAUUUUAAUUUACCAGGCAAGUUGCCUACUGGUGCUGGUAUCUUACAUUAUUAUAAAAUUAUAAAAGUCAUUAUUCUAAUAGUUAAUUAUUGUUUCUCAAUGUUACACAAUCGUAGCUGGUGUGUUCUUACUACGAGAAUAUUCUCAAACUCUGCCAAGUAAUAUGCCAAAAUGCCCAGAUUUGUACAUAAAUAUAUUAUCUAUACUAAACGUCUCCACAAAGGUAUUGCUUGAUUUUCCCAAAUAAUAUUUUUCCAAAAUUACAAUUUUGGUCAGGAAGUCCGACACUUGUUUAUUGUUGGAUUAGCUUGACAGAAUGUUCAUGAAAAACUAUUCAGGGGAACUAUUCAGAUAAAACAAAAAGGGUGAGAAUAUGGGCCAAUCAGUGUACUGCAAAAUAUAUACAGGAUAAAAUUAUGUGUCUAUUUUGCAAUACCCCAAUAGGUGCUUUUUUUCCCACCAAUUGGCUCACAGAUCAAGUGAGAAAUAGUAAUCAAUAUUGGGAAAAAGAGGAAGAGUAGUAAAAAUAAAAUUUAAAAAAUCUAUUUAUAUAUAUAUAUAUAUAUAUAUAUAUAUAUAUUUAUUAAGUAGAUAAUAUAUUCCCUCUAUUAGUUCAUUUUUCUUACUAGAUAUGUGAAUAAACUCAACAUUUGUAGCUGUACCCUAGCCAUUAAUCAUCUUUUUUUCCCAUCAAUUAUCUCUCUUUUUGAUGCCAGUGGCAAAUCCCUGAAUACCGAAUGUUCGGCCAUCUCGUUAGUUGUUUGCUCGGUUACACGUCCGUAUGGCAUUUUGAAGAUAAGGGAUUCGGCUGGACAGCUGAUCAGGCCAAAUAUGCCAUUAGUAUUCAGGCAAACCACAAGUCGGCUGAAUCCGAAUGCACCAAUCUAAUCUAGAUAUACACUGUACAAGGUUACACAGCCCAACAUAAAAAUGUAUGAUCUAUUAUAAACCUAUUAUAACAACCACUUUUUAAAUUGUAUAGGGCUUUUUAGGGGAACAAAAGGCCAAAUCCUGCCAUUUCCACCUUAAAAACAUUGUCUGUGUACUCCCCUUUCUUGCACAAGAUGCUGCUAAGGAGUUUGUUGUUUAGGCUCUAGUAAUUUCCUGCAUUGAUUACUGUAAUUAUCUUUUAACUGGUCUUCCCAGAAGCUGUGCUGCCUUGCUACAAUCAGCAAUGAAUGCCGCCAGGCUGAUUUUUGUCUCCCUUCGCUUCUCUAACACCUCCCCCCUUUGUCAGUUCUUACACUGGCUUCCUGUACCCUAUAGGAGUCAAUUCAAAGUACUAACAACCUCUUAAGGACACAUGACAUGUGUGACAUGUCAUGAUUCCCUUUUAUUCCAGAAGUUUGGUCCUUAAGGGGUUAAACAGCCCAUGCAAAAGCCUACACCUACUUAAGGACCAAACUUCUGGAAUAAAAGGGAAUCAUGACAUGUCACACAUGCCAUGUAUCCUUAAGGGGUUAAACAGCCCCUGUAAACAUGAUUCACUAAUUCAUAGGUGCGCUCCGUCUCGGUCUCACUGCUCUGCCGGUGACGUUCUCCUGUCUACUACUCGUACCCCUACUGCUAUCUUGCACUUGCAGGACUUCUCGAGGGCGGCUCAUUUCCUUUGGAAUAGCCUGUCUACCCCAUCACAUUCUCUCCCUGAGUCUUCACUCAUUUAAGAAGUCCCUUAAAAUCCAUCUCUUCAGAAAAGCUUAUGGCCUCCCAGAAUAACUACUAUUUCACAAACCCGUCUCUUGCUUUCUCUUAAAGGGCCACACUCCACUCUCAUUUUCCAGUUCUGCUACUUUUCCACCUUGUUGCUUGGAUGCUAUCCUUCUCCUUCCUGCCCCUUUUAUUUUUUAUAUCCCGCCUCCUUUAGAUUGUAAGCUCGUUUAAGCAGGGUCCUCAUGAACCUAUUGUUUCUGUAACAUUUUGUAAUUGUAUUUUUAUUGUUAAAUUUCCCGCUUUAUAAUAUUGUAAAGCAUAGCAGAAUAAGUUGGUGCUAUAUAAAUAAUAAUUAAUAAUAAUAAUAAUAUACAGUCCAUAGCUAUCAACAUUCAUUUUUUUUUUUUAGUAGCUAUUGUGUCUUUUAUUACUUGUAAAUAUAUUUAUAGCAAAUCAAGAAAUGUAUUUCUGACAAUUUUUUUUUAUUUGUUUAGGAAGGAAAUUUUGGACAUUUCACAGAUUUAGCUUGCUUGCUGAAAGCCCACAAGAUAUUUCGGCACUUGGCUUCCCGACAUCGUUAAAGAAGAUCGAUGCUGCUACCCAUGAUAAGCAGACUGGAAAAACAUAUUUCUUUUCUGAAGACCUUUGUUGGAGGUAGACUAUAAAAAAAUCAAACCCGCCCCUCCCCCUAUAAAAUAACAAUAAAAAAACAUUCUUUAACAAUAGAAAAUCACAUGUUAAUUAGAGUAAGGUUCAACAAAUCGUGGUGGUUCAGUUGGACUACAACGUCUCAGCAAUUCAAAUCAGUACCAUGCAAAAUUGCGUAGUUACAAUGGUCUGGGGAACUUAAACUUUUAUUAAUCUAUAUAUAUUAUAUAGAAAACGCCAGUUCUGGUUUCAAUGUAAAAUUACUUACCGUCACCUCUGCCGCAGUUAAUAAUCAACAGUUUCAAUGGAACAUUCGAAAAAGCAGAAUGAACAGAAGUUGCUAAAGCAUUGUUACUUCUUUAUGCCGAGGGAAAUACCAAUUAGCACUUGGAAUUAGAAUGAAUAAGAAAUAAUAAUGGCUUCCACCUUUCCCCUGCCAAACUAGUAAGUUAGGCAAUAUCAGGUAAAUCCGGGUGUAAAUCACAUCUCUGUAAAAGACGGGAAAAACACUUUUUUUUUUUCAAAACCAGAAAAGCCAGUGUACUAAGAUUAAUUUAUAAUAAGAAGUUUUUGUAACAAGAGAUCCUUAAAACACACAUUUUAAUUGAGUAGCAAAGUAUAUAACAUGGUUGUGUUUUGGGGAAUUGAAAACCAGAUGUAAAAUAUCUCACACAUAUCACAGUAUGAAAUGUUUACCUACAGUAUACUCUACUAUCGUAUUCUCACACCACCUUUAGCAGUCAGGCAUUUUGGAAUCUGUACAAUACCUGUAUCUUCCGUGGUAUCUAUAGCUGGCUAUCAUGAGCCCCCUACCCAUUGGAAAAAGACUGCCACACAGUUAGAUAACAUUAGGAGCUUGCAUUCAUUUCAUACAUUUUGUGUUGUUUUUCCUCUAAAGAUGAUGUCUCGGAUUUGUGGGAAAGGUGAAUUAAUUUAGCAUUGUUUCUUUCUGUAUCCUUAGCUAUGAUGAAAAACGUGGGGCAAUGGAGGAUGGGUUCCCAAAACCAUUGGAUUCCCUGUUUCCUGGGCUUGGACAUGAAGUAGACGCAGCAUUUCAGCAUACUAACGGUGAGCUAGCAUCCAAUGUGAAACUGUCCUCCCAUAUAAAAUAA